AUGUCAACCGGAACUCGUAAUUUUGCUCAUUCCAAUAGUGGUCCUGAGUACCAGAAUUGGCUUGCACCUCAAAAGUCAACCGAUCUUGCGGACAAUCGUGAGCGCAACUUGGAACUACGUGCUGGUUUGAAGUUGUCUACGCGGCGAGGGCCCGAAGCCGAGCUCUAUGAUGUGGCUGGAGUCCAUCUUCUGACGUCGACUGCGGCCACGUCGUGUAAUGCAAGAUCUUACUCGCUAUCCAAGAGACUUCAAAAGUGGAGUGCUCGUCUCGCCUCCUUACUGAGCACGCAAGAUCGCGCUAAACGGAAGAGCAACUGCGAUGUUCCGGUAGUAUUGGCGAACAAGACCAUCAACUCGAAUUCUGCAGAUCCGACUGAGUUUACUCUUGGUCGUUUGCCGACAAAGCUUAGGCCAAGAAGUGGUGACUACACUACAACUUCAGUCCACCCUCCUAGUGCUACACAGUGUAAACACCCCACGGGACUUCCACGCUCAAAUAUCGAUGGGAACGUUUGUCCACCGUUUUGGCGCUGUACACCCUGUCUCAGUAGUAAUCCCCAUCAUCCUCUGCAUCGGCAUCUGUCGGUAGAACAGUGGAGCUACUAUAAAAGUGGAUUUAGCCUAGCUCAUCGCCGUACCGACGUUAAUUCCUUCAUUCUCAUUUUAUCUCUCGUCGCUGUUGCUCAGCUUGUGCUCUUGCUUCUCACCACUUCUCCUGCUCGUGUUCUUGACCAGCACUCUUCUGAAAAAAGCAUUACCCUCCUACCACUUGGAGAAUGCAGUCGCUUGGUGUUGCUGUGCUCGUCAAUCAUGUUGGCUUUCAUUGGUUUGUUGUGCGCCAAUUGGGAUAAGAUAGCGCCCUCCAAACACAUCGUUCAGGAACUAUCGAACGCUGAUCCAUUUACACUUCAACACAAACAGAGGUUGGACGUAUCGUGGAGAACCUCUUGGCUGUGCAACAAUUCCAAAGACGCUUGA